AUGCCAAUCACCAGGCGCCAUAUUGUGACAGCCGUCAGCGUCCUUUACCUCACUGGACUCACUGUUGUGGCUGCGUACGCUUUACACAAUUCCCACAUCUACUCACUACCCAUACCCGAUGUCCUCAUCAGCCUCGCCAUGGCCUUGCCAUUCCUUUCAGGUAUCGCUCUCGAAACACUAAUCUCCUAUCGCAACCGCCUUGCAGCCAAAGGCCAAUUGCCUACCUCGCGCGUCUUUCAGAUAGUCAUAACAGGUUUCCUCAUCUUCGAAAGCGUCCUCGCCACUCUAGCAGGCUCCCACAUUUCGCCUCCAGGGAGUCUCGACUGUGCUCUACGCGAGCGCUGGCAGCAUCUGUUCCGGAACAAGGAUGGUGAGUCGAUCAGACGCAUACAAGAUGCCUUCCAGUGCUGUGGUCUAGCUAGUUCAAAAGAUAUGGCUUUCCCCUUCCCAGGACAGGGAAGAGGAGGAAAUGCUUGUCAGGUGGCGUAUGGUAGAGAUCGAGCUUGCCUUGACCCGUGGAGAGCAGCGGAGCAAAAGGUGGCGAUUAUGCUGCUUGUCGUGCCACUGGCUGUAUUCGUCUGGAAGAUUGUCAUCUUAGUCACGCACUCCACCUCUUCUCCGUCUUGGCUACCCUCGUCCAUUCGACUUCCCGGCGAAAAUGGCGAAGCAAGCGGCAGUGGCACUCGCCGCCGACAAGCAAUCGAGUACCGCGACAACGAAGCCGGCACCGGACAGCACGAAGGCGAAGACGAUAGCGUUCGAGCAGAGAUCAACCAGCUCAAUCGUGACUCCAGCCUCGCCUCGCAGGUCGAAGGCGGGAGGACCAAAGGCAAGAAUGGGUUAUGGAACGAACACCAUGAGCGGUGGCAGCAAGAGGAUGCUUGA